CCCUUGACGCUUGGGUUAGUGACAGUCUCAUUUAAUAUCCAGUCGUGCUGUGCAUAACUGCCUGGUUCAGUUAAACUCGAUGAUUAAGUCUUGCUUCCGAACGCAUCAUUGACAAGAGCAACAGCAAGCAGUGCGUGUGUCCGUGAAUAUGUCCAAUCCAUGGAGCUUAGCUGGCAUGAUCGAGGAGAAGAGGCUCAAGAGCACAUUCGUAGUAGCAAGUCUCUGUUCUACUCUGAUCAACACCUUCUCGGCCUCGAUCAAUCUUUGGGAUCGCAUGAGCGAGAGAAGAAAACAGAAAAAGAAGGACUCGAAACAGGAUGACGAAAUCCGUCAGCUCAAGGAGCAGAUUGCCCAAGUAGAUAAGCGCAGCCAGAAGCCAGAGGCUGACAACAAUCGCCGGGUGCAAGAUAAGGGUACCGAUGAUGAUGACGGAGAGGCUCUAGGCCUCUCGUUGGCGAGGUCCGAGGCUCUAGUUCGGCAGGAAUACAAUGACGGGGCGGGACGCUUAGGGAAACGUUUCGCUAUGGGUGAUCUCAUAACCGAGAAUCAGCUUCAAGCCCAGAUUAUCACACUUCAGAGAACAGUCAUAGACGUUUUGCAGGAGGCGUUAGUGAAUCGCCAAUCAUUAUCUCAUGGGGAUGUUCAACGACUCAUUGCAGCCUCCUUGGCAGCUCGUAACGGAUCUCUAGAUGCACUACGCCAACAGUACCAACGUCUUAGUUUCGAGGCAUCGCCACCACAGCCCAGAAGCCUAACUAGCACCAGUCAUUCCACCAUAGAUGUGGGAAUGGGAGAGCUUUUUUGUAAAUAUAGUUUAACUCUACAGGCCACGCCCGGACUACCACUGUCGGCAUCGUUUUCCCCGGGGGGAGACGGUCGCUGCCAUUAUUGCGGAGUUCAACUAGACCCAGAAACACCAGACACGUAUUGGCAUAUCGAGAAGAGGGCAGCGGCUAAUGCCCAUGAUAGCAAAGGAGACCCUACGAAGGAAUACCACUUCGACCUGGGGCAACGAUUCAUUGUGAAAUGUCACACGGGGAGGGGAGAAUAUGCCUGUGUGUUGUGCAGGCGGUAUGGUGAAAUCGACAUUGUAUGUAGAAGUGUCCCAACACUGGUAAAUCACGUAAGCAAGGAGCAUACGGUCUGGGAACUAGAUGCAGAUCCAGACUUAAGGAAAGGGGUGAGUUCACCCAAAACGCUACCUCCACCACCAGGCCAGGAGAAGCGCCAUCGGCUAGCACGUUAAAGGUGGUCAGGUGUUGGCCAAGUGCUUCCUCGCUGCACAGGCUACUUUUCAAUGCACGCUACGACGAAAACCGCCAUAGCGAGGUGUAUUACACUGGUGUGUCGAUUUUGGAAGUUAGGCCCGGGGUGAUUUAAACUCCGAUGCUGCGAUGGGAGCAUUCACCCUGGGACGCCAUAUCUUGUCAAUAUAACUAUCACUUGACCCACACUAGUCGCCCUAACUAUAAGUAGCAUUAUAUAUAUAAUAGUGUUAUAAUUAACUUAUAAUUAUAUUAA